ACCUCCUAUGAACUCCAUUGGAGGUAAAAAUGCCAUGAAUUUUAUACUAUUGGAUUGAGGAAGGAAAUACUAAACCGAUAUAUAGAUGUCGGAGCCGAUGAGACAAUCACUAUGGAUCUGCGCGGCACGCGCUUCGUUCUCUCCAGAGAUGAACUACUGACGUUACCUGAAUUCGUCCUCCUGUCCUUAUUUCCUAAUGGUCUCUUCCCCGAAGGCCAUAUGGGUGGAUUCUCCGAAGGCGACGCCGUGCAAGUCGAUUAUGACCCUGCAUCCCUACAAUAUAUGCUAGAUUUCUUCCGAAACGUGGCUCAGUCCAUCCCCAAUGAAUCCUCCCCUAACGCCUCCCCAGACGGAGGCGCUGUCCCUAUUGACUCGCUUGGUGGUCGGGGCGAGGAUGGAAAACGAGCUGGUAUCAUUGUUUUACGAGAGGACCUAGACUUCUAUGUCAUUCCUCCGCGACCGAAUAUCGAACAAGCUGAAAUGAUUGAAGUCAAGCGCGCUGCUGCCCGCGCUUUGCUUAGACAGGAUGGUAUCUUUUCGGGUCUAAAACGGAGUGACGAACCCGGCACGACUGAGGCGCAUUUAAUUGAGAUGCUUACUGCUGGUGGUUUCAACCAUGAUGAUAGAUGGGGUCAUCGUGCCGGUGAACCUAAUAAAGCUGUCGUUUGCAGCUUGGCUCUUGCACGACUACGGAGCGAAAUUCGUGGCAACGACAUGGGUAACAAUGCUGUUGGUAUGGCACACAAGCUACUACUCUUCUGGAGGAAACCAGCACGGCGUUGCUGGUGGGAAGGUGUGGAUCUUACCGACGUGGAGGGUGUGGAUGGGCCCCUGAAAGUGUGGAUUCGCAGAGUGUGGACACUUGAGAUGAGUGUCAUAGGGCUGCGUUGACAUUGACUUCUAUUAAGCGAGCGACAAGGCGUUCGAGUCACGUUUUUUCUUUUGGCAGAAACUGCUUUUCCCCCACAGCAAACUGGAAAACGAAGGGCAUAUUACAUAUCACGGUCCCACGUUAACGGAUUGCCUUUCACCACCGAUGCAUCACAUAUUUGGCGGUGGUAUUACCGGUUCUCCCAUUGUUUAUACCUGGUUUAAUCAUAGGCUAGGAUAUUAGACAUCGCCAUGUCCUACGCUUGAUGUAUGCAUACUACCUAGGUAGAGUAGGCAUAUCACAUUGGGCAUUUUUUCAAAUCGAGGGCAGAAAGAAUAUAAAGGGAAACCCUAUUGUUAGUGAUAUAAGCCAUUGUAGCUUGUGGAUUGCGUAUUAGGAUCAGGAUAUUACUUUACGAUAACUUAUUAAGUAACAUAUCAAGUAUUUUGUUUAUUAUGAAUUGAUGGGUAUGUGAUAGUAGGGACUGAAGCUAUCGUGACAGGUUUAACAUGUGAUACUUUUAAUAUAUGUAGGUGUAGGUUUCGAGCAUACCGGCAGAUGGGGAAAUACAUACCUGGGUACUUAAUGAAACUGAUGGUUAUUAUCUUGUCCUGUGGCUUCCCUCACCCUUAGCUCCGGCCUGUUACUCCGUAUGACUUCCUCGACCUUUAGAUUUAUG